GGAUGGACAAUGCCCAUACUAAGACAGUCGAGGAGGUGUUGGGGUAUUUCAGUGUGAAUGAGUCGACAGGCCUGAGCUGCGAACAGCUGAGGAAGAGCAAGGAGAGAUGGGGCCCAAACGGUAUGUCACGGUCCUAGUUCAUGUCCUAAAUUACACUAUUCCCUAUGUAGUGCACUGCUUUUGACCUGGGCCUAUAGGACUCUGGUCAAAAAUAGUGAACUAUGUAGGGAGUAGGUGCCAUUUAGGACGCAGCCCCUAACCCUUCACUCCUAACCCUUGACCCCUAUUUCACCCUUAAAUUCAGAAACGCCCGACUCUUACUCUCACCAGUAUUAAAUUGUUUCAAUGAUUAUAUGUAAUGACACCCAAGUUAGGCCUAUGUUUAGUAAUGUGAUGAUGAUAUUGACGAUGAUGAUGACUGAUAAUAGCAAUGUUAUUACCAUGUUUAUAACAAUCUCUCUCAUUCCCAUGCUCUCGCUCUCUCUCUCUCUCUCUCUCUCUCUGGAUUUCUGAACUCCAUGAUGCAGAGUUACCGGCCGAAGAAGGUAAGAUGUUCAUUAUCUCCCUCUUCUCUCUCUCUCUCCCCCUCUCUCUCUCCUGCAUUUACAUUCUUUCCAUCUCUGUGUUUCCAGGGAAGUCGCUAUGGGAACUGGUCCUGGAACAGUUUGAGGAUCUGUUGGUUCGGAUUCUUCUGCUGGCUGCCUGCAUCUCCUUCGUAAGAACACACAACCACACACACAAAGACAACCUAAACAAACACUAUCGUAAAUACUGUAACUUUACAGUAAAUGGCUAAGUCACAGCCUACCCAAAGCCAUUCAAACAUAUUUAGAGCUAUUUAAAUAUUUUGCUCUGAGCAUUCCUAUUCACUCUUUAUAUCCUCACAAUAUUACCAUCCCUGUCACAUACUCUCUCUUGGUUCUUGAAAACAAGUUCCUCUUUAACCUCUCUCUUCUCUCUCUUUUCUGACAGACUCUUGCCUGGUUCGAGGAAGGGGAGGGGACCAUCACAGCCUUCGUGGAACCCUUCGUCAUCCUCCUCAUCCUCAUUGCCAACGCUAUCGUCGGGGUGUGGCAGGUGAAGUCACAGUGUUUUGACAUGUUGCAUUAGUGUGUGUUCCUUCCUAAGUGUGUGUUCAUGCAUAAACAAGUUUAUUCGUGUGUGAUGAUGUGUGUUCAUCCACGUGUGUGUGUUUACAGGAGCGUAAUGCUGAGAAUGCGAUCGAGGCGCUGAAGGAGUAUGAGCCUGAGAUGGGGAAGGUGUACCGACAGGACAGGAAGAGUGUCCAGAGGGUCCGGGCUAAGGACCUCGUACCUGGGGACAUAGUGGAGGUGGCAGGUAGGCAGAACAACUACAAAUCCCAGAGUCCUCUAGGGACCACAGUGUUCUAUACUGUGACUGGUAACAUUGUUGAGGUACUGUAGCAGGUAGGCAGAACAAUCCCACCGUCCUCUAGUCUUGGGGUCCAAGUGUUCUUUAUAUUAGAAGUCCUCUAAUAAUGGAAAGAAGAACAGCAACACCAAAAAAAUACCUAUGAUAUUGAGGUACUAUAGCAGGUAGGGAAAAAAAAACGACACAUUUCGUAACUCCUCAAACGUCCCUAGUGUUCUAUACAUCGUACCUGGGGAGUGGAAACACAGCGAAGGUGGCAGGUACGUAGGGGGAAACAAAAACUACAAAUCCCAUACCCAUUUAGCAAAUCCCAUACCCAAAGUGUUCUAUUAUUGACAGAGUUAGUUGUUUAAACUUCCAAAGAUAAGAUGUUUAGUUAGCUUUGGAAACAUUUUAAUCUGUAUGGGUUGGAUCUUUGCCCUCUCGCAUCAUCAUGGAAAUCAAAGAAAGGUUUUAUGGGAAAUGAAGUUUUAAUCAAGUUGCUGUCAGUUGAUGUGAUAUUCGAGGAGACUUACAAUACCCAAUAUCACUGCAUCUUGAUAAGCUCUGGGAAUGUCGCCAGACUGGGUCAGUGAUGCUAACCUUUCUUUUCCAAAUAUUUUCUCAAACUUUUCACAGAUAUCUGACUGAACAGGCAGUUGGGGGGACGGUUUCACAUUUCUGUGUGACUUUUAGCGACAACACAGCUCGAAGGGUUAAGACCGCCCCAAUUGUCGAAUCCUCAAGGCGCUCCGUUUCUAUUCUUAGAGCUUCAAAGAAGUAACAGAGGAAAUGGGGGUUGAGAGUGUUUUUAUGUGUUGUGACUCAGAGAGAUUCACAGUGGCGAUGUUUGGCUUAAAGAGCAUGGGAACUUUGUGACACCAAUCACAGUUUAUACAGCAGAACACUGGGGGAUGCCUCCCAAAUGGCACCCUAUUCCUUUAUAGUGUGCUAUUUUUGACCAGAGCUAGGGAAUAGGGUGCCAUUUGAGAUCCAUCCAUGGAGGAUUGUUAUAAAACGUAACGCACUGUUUAUCACAUCACUGCCUGUCUAUCCCUCUCGACCAAUGAUCUUGCAGGGUUUGAAAUGUUUACCAAUGAAUUUGGUUGAUUGACAGGUCAUUUAAAAAAACAGCCGUUAUGUGGAAAUAAGAUGGUAAUAGUCUAUGGGGUUUAGUUAGGCUGUUCUAAGGUAUUAUGGGCUCUAUUUUACAAACCUAACACAAUGGUCAAUCUAAGCGCUGGCGGUAGCGCUAUAGGUUCGGGGGUAUGUCAGAAAUAUUUUGCUAUUUUCAAAACCACAAUUAUCGAUGCAGUUGCUGGCGUUGGCAUGAAAGGGCUGGGUUUUGAUGAAUAAACAAGUUUGGGUGUGUCGAGGCUUGGCCCCUCACUGGCCAAUCAGAAUGUGCUCCAUGGCUAAAUAUGUGUUUGCUUCAAGUUGUGUAUUUACAGUCUUUUAUAUAUUGCCUUGGAAUCAACUCUAAUUCCAAUAUCAGUCCUUUUAUAGUUUGUAACAUCUUACAGAAACAAAAUAACAAAAUGUAGAUCUAUCCCAUCUUUGCUAAAUAUGUUAACAUUUACAUUUACAUUUUAGUCAUUUAGCAGACGCUCUUAUCCAGAGCGACUUACAGGAGCAAUUAGGGUUAAGUGCCUUGCUCAAGGGCACAUUUACGUCAUUUAGCAGACGCUCUAGACCAGAGCGUCUCACAAAUUGAUGCAUUCACCCUAUAGCCAGUGGGAUAACCACUUUACAAUUUUUUUUAAUUUUUUUUUUUGUUUGGUGGGGGGGGGGGGGGUAGAAGGAUUACUUUAUCCUAUCCCAGGUAUUCCUUAAAGAGGUGGGGUUUCAAAUGUCUCCGGAAGGUGGUGAGCGACUCCGCUGUGUGUGUGGGGGGGGUAGAAGGAUUGCUUUAUCCUAUCCCAGGUAUUCCUUAAAGAGGUGGGGUUUCAAAUGUCUCCGGAAGGUGGUGAGUGACUCCGCUGUCCUGGCGUCGUGACUUGAAACUGUUUGCAUUCCACAUUGUUCUAAGUAAUAGCAUGGCUUUAAUGUGGAUAUAUAUAUACAUAGCAUACACACUGAUUGGGGCUAGGCCUACUCUAAAUUGUAUUAUGGACAUGUCAAAUGUUAUCAAUAAUGAAUGUAAUCUUGCUAAUUGACAAGGCCUAAAAGAGACCGAAUAAUUCGAAUCAAAUUCUAAACAAAACGACUUGUUUUUAAACAGGCUAUGUCUAAAUACACUUACAGGCACUGUAAUUGUUUCCCUGUUGCAACAAAGUUGGAAGCACAGAAUCGUCUAGAAUGUCAUUGUAUGCUGUAGUGUUAAGAUUUCCCUUCACUGGAACGAAGGGGCCUAGCCCGAACUAUGAAAAACAGCCCCAGACCAUUAUUCCUCCUCCACCAAACUUUAUAGUUGGCACUCUGCAUUCUAGCAGGUAGCGUUCUCCUGGCAUCCGUCAGACCCAGAUUCGUCCGUCGGACUGCCAGAUGGUGAAGCGUGAUUCAUCACUCCAGAGAACGCGUUUCCACUGCUCCAGAGUCCAAUGGUGGCGAGCUUUACACCAGUCCAGCCAACGCUUGGCAUUGCACAUGGUGAUCUUAGGCUUAUGUGCGGCUGCUCGGCCAUGGAAACCCAUUUCAUGAAGCUCCCGGCGGACAGUUCUUGUGCUGACGUUGCUUCCAGAGGCAGUUUGGAGCUCGGUAGUGAGUGUUGCAACAGAGGACAUACGAUUUUUACACUCUACGCGCUUCAUCACUCGGCGGUCCCGUUCUGUGAGCUUGUGUGGCCUACCACUUCGCGGCUAAGCCAUUGUUGCUCCUAGAAGUUUCUACUUCGCAAUAACAGCACUUACAGUUGACCGGGGCAGCUCUAGCAGGGCAGAAAUUUGCAUCCUAUGACGGUGCCACACUGAAAGUCACUGAGCUCUUCAGUAUGGGCCAUUCUACUGCCAAUGUUUGUCUAUGGAAAUUGCAUGGCUGUGUGCUCGAUUUUAUACACCUGUCAUCAAUGGGUGUGGCUGAAAUGGCCGAAUCCACUAAUUUGAAGGGGUGUCCACAUCCUUUUGGCUAUGUCGUAUAUAUCCUCUGCCAUGUAAGACUUGACUUGACAAACCAUCACCUCCCCCGUUCCGCCCUGUUUUCCCCCAGUGGGUGAUAAAGUCCCAGCAGACAUCCGUCUGACCUCCAUCCGCUCCACCACACUGCGAGUGGACCAGUCCAUCCUAACGGGGGAGUCGGUGUCCGUGAUCAAACACACAGACCCAGUGCCUGACCCGCGAGCCGUCAACCAGGACAAGAAAAACAUGCUGUUCUCUGUAAGUGGUGAGGAGGGGAGUAUAUAUGUGUGUAUACAGUGUGUGUGGGGGGAGGGGGGUGUGUUUUUAGGGGGUCAUUAUCUGAUUAGACCAGCACUGCACGUGGGGGUAAGGCCUCAAGCCAAAGGGUGCACAUUUUGUUUUUAUGCGUGUGUACGUUUGUGUAAGUGUGGGAGAGCGAGUGUGUGUAGUUUAUUGAUCUAAUGGGAGAUACGGUGUGAGAGAGGAACCAGAACACAGGGACGUGUGUGUGUGUGUGCACUGUGAUGCUUUGAUGUGAGUGUCGAAGGUGUGACUCAACUGUUUGUUGAAUAAAACAUCACUCGCAUUGUUUGCACAGGAAACACACAAACACAUAAUAUACUGUGUGAUGUAAUCUACUAAACAGCUCUUAAUACAGUUCUAAAGAGCCAGGUUAGAGCGUCUAGACCACUCAGUCUUCCAGGUUAAUAUAGUGAUGGUGGCGCAAUUGAACUGGAUCAUCAAGGGCUGUGUUGGUACUUGAGCUACACUCACGUACUGAAACUGUUGUGUCCUGUAUAUCACUAAAAGAUACCGUAUGUGUGAGAUGGAUGUCGUUGAUCCCCACGCCACCUACAUAGUCAAAUCACAAUUCAUGAUUUAUCUACCCUAUGAGCACAAUAUGUUGAAAAUACGUUGGUUGGUUGAAAAUACUAUUUUUGGUUAAAUGUGUUUUAAACGUUGAAAAUACAGUAUGUAUCUUUGGUUGAAAAGAUGUUGAAAAUACGUCUUUCUGAUCUUGUGCUGACUGGGUAAUACAUACAUUCUUUUUUUAUGUUAUUGCCAAGACUUUGUUUUGGAGAUGAGCUGUGAGCACAAUGCCAAUGUAUGUUGCUUUACAGGUCAAACUCAUGUAGUAGUUAGUAGAGUGUACCAACACAGGUCUUUGUAAACCAACACAGGGCUUUGUAAACCAACACAGGGCUUUGUAAACCAACACAGGGCUUUGUAAACCAACACAGGGCUUUGUAUCAUUGUUCUUCCAGGGCACCAACAUUGCGGCGGGCAGGGCUAUAGGUGUGGUGGUAGCUACAGGGGUGCAGACUGAGAUAGGGAAGAUUCGUGACGAGAUGGCUGCUACAGACCCAGAGAGAACACCGCUGCAGCAGAAACUAGACCAGUUUGGAGAACAGCUGUCCAAGGUACUAGGGACUUUCCUUCUCUUUCUUUCCCUCAUUCCUUUUAUUUCAGCUGUGUUGUGAUAACAGGCUCUCUCUUUCCCUCCCUCCCUCCAGGUGAUAACAGUGAUCUGUGUGGCAGUGUGGGGUAUCAAUGUAGGCCAUUUCAAUGACCCGGUCCACGGUGGCAGCUGGCUCAGAGGGGCCGUCUACUACUUUAAGAUCGCUGUGGCACUGGCUGUAGCUGCCAUCCCUGAGGGUACGUGGUGGGACCAACGACCUCUUUCUCUUCUCUUCGUGUGUGUGACACACAAAGUGGAGCAUGAGUCAAUUCCAUUCUAUUCUGAGCAAUCUAAAUUCCAUAUGAAACUAAAAUGAAUUCUCUCUCAACAGCUCCUCUCUGUGUCCAUGUAGACUCUUAACUCGAUAAAUAGAUUGAUCAGCCAGUAUACUUUUGUCACAUAACUCGGAAGAACUAUCAUGGAACCAUAUAUUUAACCCCACUCUAACGGUCCCUUCACCUUAUCCAAUCUUGCCCCCCCCCCCCCAUGCAGGCCUACCCGCUGUGAUCACCACCUGCCUGGCCCUGGGGACCAGACGCAUGGCCCGGAAGAAUGCCAUCGUUCGCAGUCUGCCCUCUGUGGAGACCUUGGGCUGCACCUCCGUCAUCUGCUCCGACAAGACUGGCACCCUCACCACCAAUCAGAUGUCUGUCCACCGGGUGAGAGAGAGAAGGGAAAAUGAGAUAGGGGAAGAGUAACCACUUGGGUUCACUGGAGCUGACAUGAAAGUGGAAUGGUUUGGCAUGUUGAUUGACAGACACUCAGCCUGAUGCUGACCUAACCUUACUGAUUGUGACAAUGAGUGUGUAUUUUCUAACCCCUUCUGUCUGUAUCCGCAUGUGUGUAUGUGUAGAUAUUUGUUGUGGACAGUGUGUCAGGGGAGCGAUGCGCCCUGAGUGAGUUUUCGGUGACCGGAUCUACUUACGCCCCAGAAGGGGAAGUGUGAGUGCCUUUAACCUUUAACUGAUGAUUGCCACGUUCAAAACAACUGGGAACUUGGAAAUAUCCGACUUCCGACAUCAGUCCGUUCAAGACAACUGGGAACUCAGGAAAAAAAAUGUAGCUCAAUUGGUAGAGGAUGGCGCUUGUAACGCCAGGGUAGUGGGUUCUAUCCCCGGGACCACCCAUACGUAAAAAUGUAUGCACACAUGACUGUAAGUCGCUUUGGAUAAAAGCGUCUGCUAAUUGGCUUAUUAUUAUUAUUAUUAUUAUUAUUAUUAUUAUUAUGUCGGAAACUCUGGCAUCUUUCUAGAGCGCCGACAUUCCGACCUGAAUUUUUUUUCGCCAUUCCCAGUUGUCUUGAAAGCUCUAGAUGUCAUGACGAAUGACCCCAAUUUUGCUAGGACUGUCUGGGAGUGAGUGGUUUGAGUGGGGAGGGGAAAACUAGCUAUUAUUGGCAGAGGGGUUUGAAACUCUUUCUUAUUGGUCUAUUAACUAAUUUACCACCUGGUGAUGUCACCAGGCAGGCCCUAACUCCAUCCCGCCAAAACAGGCUGAAAUUUCAGGCGGUCUUUUCAAACAGCUCUUACACUAAAAGGGCGUUAUCAUCAUUUUCACAGUAUUAACACAGACAAAUCACAUUUCUGAUUGCACUGGGCCUUUUAAGAUGCUGAGAAAUGUUGUUUCUUUGUCUAAUAUUUGGUUCCCCUCCUCUACUUCUUUCUCUGGUCUCGUCUCCCCCGCAUUCUAUUAUCCCAUACUUCUCUCCCCUUCUCUCACGCCAUCUUUCCCCUUUCCUUAUCUCUCUCCCUGUCGUCUUCCAUAUCCACCCUUCUCUCUCAUCUCCUCCUUUCCCUUCUCUCUCUCUCCCCCUUUCCUCCCUAUUUCUCUCCCUCUAUUUAUUUCCUUUCUCCUUCUCUCUCUCCCUCAGGUAUAAGGAUGAGACAGUAGUGAAGUGUAGUCAGUAUGAGGGCCUGGUGGAGAUGGCCUCUAUCUGUGCUCUGUGUAACGACUCCUCUCUGGACUACAAUGAGGUGAGAACAGCUCCAGCCUACUUUGCACACGGCACUACACACCAAUGUAAAUUAGUCUUACUGUAGCCACGGCACUACACACCGUAACCACGGCACUACACGCCAUAACCACGGCACUACACGCCAUAACCACGGCACUACACGCCAUAACCACGGCACUCCACGCCAUAACCACGGCACUCCACGCCAUAACCACGGCACUCCACGCCAUAACCACGGCACUCCACGCCAUAACCACGGCACUCCACGCCAUAACCACGGCACUCCACGCCAUAACCACGGCACUCCACGCCAUAACCACGGCACUCCACGCCAUAACCACGGCACUCCACACCAGAACCACGGCACUCCACACCAGAACCACGGCACUCCACACCAUAACCACGGCACUCCACACCAUAACCACGGCACUCCACACCAUGCUACACACAAAUGGACAGACACUUCUUAAUUCUUAUCUUGGAGAGCUACUUUUGUUCCAGUCCAGUAGCAUCUGUUUGAAAUAAUAAAUUCAAAUAAUAUCAUUGUUGUUGACCCUUAACCUGUGUGUGUGUGUGUGUCCCCCAGUCUAAGGGUGUGUAUGAGAAGGUGGGCGAGGCUACGGAGACCGCCCUGUGCUGUCUGGUGGAGAAGAUGAACGUGUUCGACACAGACCUCCGAGGACUGUCCGCUGUUGAGAGAGCUACUGCCUGCUGCUCGGUGAGUGUGUGUGUGUGAUCAAAGAAAUCUGUGUGUGUACCAUUGAGACGUGCUGACCUAAUUUCCUUCCUAGCAGAAUGAUUGAAUGAUAAAUCUCCUCUCUCCCUCCCUCCCUCCAUCAGGUGAUAAAACAGUUGAUGAGGAAGGAAUUGACGUUGGAGUUCUCCCGUGACAGGAAGUCCAUGUCAGUGUUCUGUUCUCCCAACAAGCUCAGCCGCUCUGCCGCCGGGGCCAAGAUGUUUGUCAAGGUCAGCUCUCUCUCUAUCACUCCUACUUAUCCACUUCCCCCCUUCCCCUCUCUGCUCUUUCUUGCUGUUUCUGUUUUUCUUCCUUUCUUCUGAGCUCUUUCUCUUGCCCGCUCUCUCCGCCAUCUCCUCACUUUGUAUUAACUUCUCGUCUCUCUCCCAGGGAGCUCCGGAGAGCGUGCUGGAGCGCUGCCGUUGGAUCCGGGUGAACGGGGGUGCGCGGGUGCCCAUGACGCCGGCGGGACGGGAGCAGCUCCAGGGGAUCGUCAGGGAGUGGGCCACGGGGCGGGACACCCUCCGAUGCCUCGCCAUGGCAACCCGGGACUCGCCCCCCGAGAUACGCUCCCUCAACCUGGAGAACUCAGCCACCUUCGCCGACUACGAGGUGAGGGAUUUUAGGAUGAUUUAAUUUGAGGUAUCCUUUGUGUAAUGCACUUUUAUUAUUAUUAUUUUGCUUGCCUAUUUAUCUCUUAUUUAUUAUUAUUAUUUUUACUGUAAAGUGUGUUGCGGUUUUUAAAGGCACUUCAAAUACAGUUUAAUUUGAUUACUGUUAAAGAAACAACAACCUCCUCUCCCCCCCCUCCAGUCGGACCUGACCUUCGUCGGCUGCGUGGGGAUGCUGGACCCCCCCAGGAAGGAAGUACUUGGUGCGGUCCGCAUGUGUCGGCAGGCUGGCAUCCGCGUCAUCAUGAUCACAGGUAUGACACGCCUUAAACACACUCCCUCUGUUGUUUGUUGUGUUGUGAUGAAUGUUUGUUGGAUGGGGAGACUCAAGACACAUUAUCCAAGGGGAUUCAAUAAAGUCUCAACACACUCAUCUACCUUAAAAAGCUAUUAUAACGUGUAAGGCCGGGACGAUACCAGUAUCGCAAUAUUUUUUUACAUGGCAAAAAUUAAAACACUGCUUAGACCAAACUCUUUGGUCCUUUAAAAACCUGCUGCAUGUAAAAUAUUGUGUGCUAUAGCUUGGAAAAUGAAUAAAUGUGACUCUGGAUGACAACGUAAUGAUGUUUGUUUCCAACAUUAGGUCUAUUUUCCUAAAUAAAUUAAAUUUGCUUCGUGUUUUGUUUACUUGCCACGAUACUAACGAGUAUUGUGAUACUGGUAUCGGCCCAGGCCGCAAUGACGCGAUUUCAAACAGUUUUGCCUCCUGGGUGUCAUCUCUCCAUCUAACCUCACGUCCCCCAGGUGACAACAAGGGCACGGCCAUGUCCAUCUGUCGUCGCGUGGGCAUCAUCACAGAGGAGGAGGAGGAGGCGGGCAGGGACGACCCGUUCUCAGGGGGCCUGACGGGGAGGGAGUUUGACGAGCUGCCCCCCCACCUCCAGAGGCAGGCCUGUCGUACCGGACGCUGCUUCGCCCGCGUGGAACCCACACACAAGAGCCGCAUCGUGGAGUACCUACAGAGCCUCGACGACAUCACAGCCAUGGUGAGGGGGUGGGUGAGGGGUGAAAGGGUGUGUGUGUGUAUCUGUCUCUGUUGGCAGCAGUUGUCUCUGUCUAGUGCUCUACCCUGUGACACAAAAAAAUACCUGUUCAAUCAAGUGACAGAACUGUUGUCAUCGUUAACAUUCUUCCUCUGUGUUGAGAAAGCAUGUUUGCAUUGUGUUUCCUCCCUCUUUUGACUCGCCGCCUGUUCUUGCUCCCUCCCAUUCCUCCUUCCCCCUCUCCCUCUCUCCCUCCCUCUCUCCCCCAGACUGGUGAUGGAGUGAACGACGCACCAGCCCUGAAGAAGGCAGAGAUCGGGAUCGCCAUGGGUUCAGGCACGGCUGUAGCCAAGUCCGCUUCAGAGAUGAUCCUAGCUGAUGAUAACUUCUCUACCAUCGUAGCGGCUGUAGAAGAGGGCAGAGCCAUCUACAACAACAUGAAACAGUUCAUACGAUACCUCAUCUCCUCCAACAUAGGAGAGGUUGUCUGGUGAGGAGAGGGGGACGGGGGACGAGAGGGAGGGAAUGGAGGAGAGAGAAGGAGGGAUUGGAGGAGAGAGGGCAGAGCCAUCUAUAACAACAUGAAACAGUGUAUAGGAUACUUCAUAGGUGUAUCAUAGGAGAGGCUGUAUGGAGAGGGGGAUGAAAACGAGGGAGGGAGAGAGGGUGGUGGAGUUACGGUUAUAAAUAAAGGGGAAGGAUAACAGAACGGAGGUGCACAUUUAGGAGAGGAGUACUCUAGGUCAGGUGACAAUAGAGAGAAGGAAAAUGUAAAAAAGGAGAGAUGGAUGAAGGGAUUAACUUGAGGGCUAAUAGUAGUCUGGAACAGUAAAAGAGAGGAUUUCUGAAUAAUUAUUGUUUUAUCCCUCCCUCACUCUCACCCCCUUUCUGCUCUCUCUCCCCCCACCUUACCAUCCUAACCUUCUCUCCCCUCCAGUAUUUUCAUGACUGCUGCUCUGGGCAUGCCCGAGGCCCUGAUCCCGGUCCAGUUGCUGUGGGUCAACCUGGUGACGGACGGCUUCCCGGCCACCGCCCUGGGCUUCAACCCCCCCGACCUGGACAUCAUGUCCCGCCCCCCGCGCUCCCCCAAGGAGCCACUCAUCUCCGGAUGGCUCUUCUGCAGAUACCUCAUCGUCGGAUGUGAGUGUUUCUACAUUAUCUGUUUCUAUGUCUAUUGCAGAUGCCUCAUCGUCGGAUGUGAGUAAGUCUAGUAUAUCUCGAUCUAUAUCUAUGGCAGAGACUGCAUCGUGAGUCUAUAGAUUAUGAACAGACAGGGUUCUUGUAUUUAGAACUUAGAACGUAGCCUCAUGCACUUUGUGACAAAUGUAUUUGAAAAAAGGAUUUAUACAAAUAACAUUUGUGGACGAUUGAUUGAUUUGCAUCACAAUAUCGGCUGAGAUUCUAGAAUAUACACAUCCAUCUAACCUUUGACCUCUCUCUCAGGCUACGUGGGCGCAGCCACAGUAGGAGCUGCAGCCUGGUGGUUCAUGGCAGCACACGACGGACCCAAACUCUCCUUCUACCAACUGGUUAGAACACACUCUUCUCUUCUCUCACUUCUCUUACUUUACCGCAUCUAACCUCCAACCUCCAUAUCCUUCUCUUCUCACUCCAUCCCCCUCUUCUUUCACUCAUCCUGACCUCCUCGUCCCUCUUCUCCAGUUUAGCUGGGUUGUGAGAUGGUUAUAAGAGAAAUGCAAUGAUAAUAGAGAAAAAUGAAUAGGUAAAUUAUUUUUGUAGCUACAGAUAAUACUUUUAUGGUUUGGCUGUGUUUAACCCUCUACCCCCCCCCCUCUCUCUGUCUCUACCCCCCUCACACUCUCUCGCCCUCCCAAUAUCUCUCUCUCUGUUCUCUCCUCUGCUCAGUCCCACUAUCUCCAGUGCAGUGAAGGCCACGGGGAGUUUGCGGGGGUGCAGUGCUCGGUGUUCGAGUCGCCCUACCCCAUGACCAUGGCCCUGUCUGUGCUCGUUACCAUAGAGAUGUGCAACGCCCUCAACAGGUAUGCUACUAAAACUACAACUUCCAUGGUUAGGGCUGUUACGGUGACCGUAUUACUGCCUCACCGGCGGUCACAAGUGAUGACUACAGUCAAAUUCUAUGUGACCGUUUAGUCACAGUAAUUAGGCUUCUCCGAGCUCUGAUGCUGCUGAUGGUCAUUAGUAGCCUACCAAACUUGCUAACUGCCUGGUACUCAGCACUCUAGUGUCCCUCCAAUCACUCUGACAACAAUGCAAAUAUAAUCGAAAAUCUAAUCAAACACUUAAUGAGAGCUCAUGUUGCGCAACAUUUCUAUAGGCUAUGCAACAUUUCUAUAGGCUAUGCAACAUUUCUAUAGGCUAUGCAACAUUUCUAUAGGCUAUGCAAUUGCGUGAGAAAAUAGUUUUAAUGGCCUUCUAUAGGCUAGGCCUACUAUAUUUAUUUCUCAACUUUCCUAAUAUUAAGCACAUUGCUUCUCUUUACAACAGGAGUAUAGCCUACCUGGCUGGCAAGAAAAUGAAUCACGAGAAAAGCGUCCUCCAUUCGCUAUUUAAGUGCAUAGAUGACAUGUAUUUUUUCCCCCUGCCCCUGUUUUUGAGACGGGUGCAUGAUAAUGGUCCAUUAUCAAUCAAAACAAAUUUCACACGUGUAUAUAUAUAUAUUAUUUAGUAUAUGUAAAGACAAGAUUAAAUCAAGAAAAGUCAGAUGGGUGACAAUAUUAGCCUAUCACUUGUAAAUUAUAUAUUAUCACUUGUGAAUGAUUCCCAGCUUGUGUGCAAUAAGUCAAGAAAAAGCGCAUGCCUUUUUUUUGCGACUGUUUUAAAUCAUAGACGCACACCUCAUGUAGCCUAGCCCAUAGGCCUAUAUUACAUUUCUUUGAUAAAGUUUGUAUCACAACUAAAGUGGCCAAAUAACUUCUUAAAAUUAAGCACAUUAAUCCACUUUACAACCAGUGUAGAGCCUAACUGGCAUGCAUAGACUGCUCGUGAGUUUCAAGUUUGGGGAAGAUCAUUUUCACCAUAAAAAUGCACCUUUAUAAUGAAAGCAUUACAUGCACAAUCAUGCAUAUCAUGAUCAUAAACAAUGUGUUUCAUUGUCGACUUAUAAACUUUGUCUGAUGAUUGAAAAGAGCAAAGGUGGAAAACAAUUGCAAUAGAACUGAAUGAAAUGUACAGUCGAUAUACAUAUAUGUAGAAUGUACUGUGACUAAUAAAAAGAAAUGUUAUCAUAUGCGAACUAAACCUGUUCUGUGUCAUGUCAUAGAUAAUAAUCUCUAUGACUGAUGCUAGUAACCGAAAGGUCGCAGGUUCUAAUCCCCGAGCCGACUAGGUGAAAAAUCUGUCGAUGUGCCCUUGAGCAAGGCUCUUAACCCUAAUUGCUCCUGUAAGUCGCUCUGGAUAAGAGCGUCUGCUAAAUGACAAAAAAAAUAAAAAAAUAUCGGAGAUUAUUUGGUAUAAGUAUGGAUAUUUUACUGACAUCUUUUGACUUUGUAUUUAUAUUCCCGAGUUCUGUUGCGUUAGUAUCAAUAUUUUACUGGCAUCUUUUGAGUUUGUACUGGUCCAUUUCUGAGCUCCGCUGUGUGUCCUCGUCCUCAGUCUGUCAGAAAACCAGUCCCUGCUGAAGAUGCCUCCAUGGUCCAACCCCUGGCUGGUGGGAGCGAUCUGUCUCUCCAUGGCACUCCACUUCCUCAUCCUCUACGUUGACCCCCUGCCUGUAAGUCACUGUGUGUGUGUGUGUGUGUGUGUUCAUCUGGCAUGAUUUUGUCAACUAAAAUCUGACUUCUAAGUGGACUGGACAAGAAUUUUGGGAGAGAUUGAGAGCUUUUCUGUGACGAGCACAAUUUAAUAUUAGCAGCAAAGAUGUGCAGAGCAGUUCUGUUCAGCAGUGGGAAGGACACGUCACACCCAGCAAACACAGCCUACAUCAUCUGGUGAGCUGCGGGGGAGCAAGCGAUGAGUGUGGGCAGACAGACGCCACUCAGGUUCCGCCUCCAAUUAUUCACAUCGCCCUGGCGACUCUCUUGCUUCCCCGUAGCUAACCAGUCACCACCAGCCUUCUAGUUAGCUACCCUUUGCCUGGUAAUGAAACAAAAGCUGCUUUACAAAAUUAAAAACAAUAGCAGAAUUGAGUUUAAUAGUAAAACAACAGUUUAGCUAUGUUUUUCUCUCCCUAUAGAAAAGUAGGCUCUUUUAAUUUUUUGUAGUCUCACUCAACCCUCCCACUUUUUCCACUGCAUUUCACAUACAGGUUCUGUAGCCAAGUCUCCUUUUCCUCAGAGAAUGGCUUGAUUCUUAGCCCUUAGGCUACCGUUCAAAAGACAUGAACCAUAAUUCCGCCGCUACGUUUUUUUUCUUCCUGUCGUGCAUUGGUAGGCCGCAUUUUACAUUCAGAAAGCAUAUCGUGGGCCGUACUAACACUAGGCUUCUUGCAGACCGUACCGUUAACCAUUUGUUUAGGCUACACCUUGUUCAGUCAUGUUACCUCAUUAGCUAGCUAUAGCUAACAACCUGGGGGCGUGUUCAGCGGGACGCAAAGUUUUGGACUGUUCAGAAUAUGCUAUGCAGAACAAACAUGCCUCUCUGACAUGUUGAAUAAGGAAUAACGUUGGCUCUAUUCAUGGGAUUUCUAUCUGCAACGUUCAAGAACGUUUUUCAACUGAACGUGGACCUGGUAACAUUACCAAUACCCUAAAUGCAAACAUUUGGUGGCACAGGAAGAAAGGAAACGGGAUGGCAAACAACUUAUUGACUAAAAUCCCCCCGCAUCCCACUACGCUAUAUCUGACUGGCUAACACGGACUCGGACUUCAGCCAUAGGGACUCGUUACUCGGACUUGAGCACAGGGGACUUGGGAAUUGAUUCUGACUCGAGGUUUAGUGACUCGACCACAUCACUGGGCGAAACCGUCAUUAGCUCCCAUUCUACUUUUGGACAUCAAUGUGGCGUCUCUGGAGCGUUGUUAUCAAUGGCAAUGACGCAACCGAGUGAUGGAGGUGCAACCAUACUACUUUGCGGCACCAUCUGGUGAUGGUGCUUCUCUCUCUCUCUCUCACACUCACUCACACAGUCUCUGGUUGUCUGCUCUUGUGUUUGUUUUGUAUGUAAUGUGCAAUAUCUAUGUAGGCUGAAUUAGAAAUGUACAGAUAAUUAUAAUAUAGAAUAUUAUUCUUAUUUACUGUAUGUUUGUCAUAUUUCUGCUUUAGGGAAGAAUAGGAUGUUAUGCAGAAAAAUAUGUUGGUAGGACAAGGUUAUGCAUGUUUGUGCACAUGGAAGUCAGUGAUUUAUGUUUAAUGUUAUUAUAGGUUAAUGAGGCAACACAAAUGUGAUGUGACUAAAAUGAAAGGGCAUUUAGUUGACCAAAAUGGCCCACUGUUUUCAUCAUUUUGACAAUAACUAGACUAAGUCAUUAUUUAAAUGACAAAAAUGGGACUUAAUGAUAUUUUAGUCAAAAUGACUAAGACUACACUAAAUCGAAGAAAGUACCGAAAUUAACACUGCUGCACAGGAAAGUGUGUGUGUGUGUGUUACAUUACAUUAUGCUCUCAGAUAUCUCAUUGUCUAACCACCCCUCCUCUCCUUCUCUCCCCUCCAGAUGGUGUUUCAGAUCCGGCCCCUGUCGUGGCCGCAGUGGGUUGUGGUCCUCAAGAUGUCCCUGCCCGUCAUCUUCAUGGACGAGGCCCUCAAGUUCCUGGCCCGGAACUGGAUCGAGCCGGGUACCGACGUGGAGCGCCAGGAGGAGGAGCGGGAGCGCCGGAGGAGGGGUCAAGGGUCAGGGGGCGUGACGGCCGCCGUGAGCAGGGCGUUUAAGGGCGUGUCCUGGUCGUUCGUUUUAAUGUCAUUCCCGCUAUUGGUCUGGAUCUACAGCCUGGACUCUGAUAUUACUAACAUGUUCUAUGAG